CAAAAGACCGAGGUUACCCGAGCUCCAGUACCCUGCCGAGCCAUCCGGCCGACGUCGCUCUCACUUCCCUGCGAAUGUGGACCAACUGAUCCGUCUCAAAACGUCGACACCCGCUCUAGUUUCCCGUUAAUAUAGUGACCGCUACGCUGUCUGCUUCGGACGCGACCAACGAGGCGUCGUGUCAGCCGAUGUCAACCGAGCAAUUUGAGCCACGAUCGCUUGUUUUCGCUGGGGGUUGCUAAAAGCUAGCACUACCCUGGCGAGUUAACUGGCGAUAGCCUUGAAAGCUACCUCAGCGCUAGCGGACGGCGGAGCCUGUUAGCCUAGCGUGCUAGCGUAUUAGCUCUGCUCUCCCUCCUCCCUCCCCCCUCCUAAAUAAAACUUGAUCCUGACGGACACAAGCGGCGCUGGCUUGUUGCUGACAAGCCACGAUCUAUUCGUAGCCGUCGCCUGGUAGUCAUGUCCGGCGGACAGCCAUCAACCGCCGCGGGGGGCUGCGGGUUCCUCAUGUCGGUUGUCGUUCACGGGGACUCUGCUCUCCACGAGCAGGAGAAGGAGCUCCAGCAGCGGCUCCGACGGCUCUACCCCGCCGUCAACGAGACCGAGACCCCGCUGCCUCGGUCGUGGAGCCCCAAGGACAAGUUCAGCUACAUCGGCCUCUCUCAGAACAACCUCCGUGUGCACUAUAAAGGUCAUGGUAAGACCCCCAAAGACGCUGCCUCCGUGCGGGCCACCCAUCCAAUCCCAGCAGCCUGCGGGGUCUACUACUUUGAGGUCAAGAUCAUCAGCAAAGGGCGAGAUGGGUACAUGGGCAUCGGCCUCUCUGCACAAGGGGUCAACAUGAACAGACUUCCUGGUUGGGACAAGCACUCGUACGGUUACCACGGCGACGACGGCCACUCCUUCUGCUCCUCCGGUACCGGCCAGCCCUACGGCCCCACCUUCACCACAGGCGACGUGAUUGGCUGCUGCGUCAACCUCAUCAACAACACCUGCUUCUACACCAAGAACGGCCACAGCCUAGGUAUUGCCUUCACAGACUUGCCGCCCAACCUGUACCCCACGGUGGGGCUCCAGACCCCCGGCGAGGUGGUGGACGCCAACUUCGGCCAGCACCCCUUCGUCUUCGACAUCGAGGACUACAUGAGGGAGUGGCGGACCAAGAUCCAGGCUCAGAUCGACCGCUUCCCCAUCGGGGAGCGCGAGGGAGAGUGGCAGGCCAUGAUCCAGAAGAUGGUGGCGUCUUACCUGGUCCACCACAGCUACUGUGCCACGGCGGAAGCCUUUGCCAAAUCCACGGACCAGGCGGUGCACGAGGAACUGGCCUCCAUAAAGAACAGACAGAAGAUCCAGAAGCUGGUGUUGUCUGGCCGGAUGGGCGAGGCCAUCGAGACGACCACGCAGCUGUACCCCAACCUGCUGGAGAGGAACCCCGACCUGCUCUUCAUGCUGAAGGUGAGACAGUUCAUUGAGAUGGUGAACGGGACGGACAGUGAGGUGCGCUGUCUGGGCGGCCGCAGCCCAAAGUCCCAGGACAGCUACCCCGGCUCCCCCCGGCCCUUCAGCAGCCCCAGCCACAAGGCCGGCAGCUCCACACCAUACCUCACAGGGUUCGACAGCAGCUGCUGUAACGGUGUGACGACCAGCAAGAGCCACAGCUCCUCCCCUCACGCCCACAAGCCCUGCCCCCCUGCCACUAGCCCCGCCCUCCCAGUGUCCGACGUCAGCCUCAACGGGACCAGGACUCAGCCAAUCAGCAGCGACGUGGACAUGGAGGUGGACCACUUCACCAACGGCGUGUCAGACUCCUUCUCCAACGGCUUCCUGAACGGAAGCACCAAGCACGCCGCGGAGACCCCCGACUGCGACGCCGACAUGGAGGUGGAGUCGGGCCAGUCCAAACGGCAGCUGUGUGGGGGGAGCCAGGCGGCCAUCGAGAGGAUGAUCCACUUCGGCCGGGAGCUCCAGAGCAUGAGCGAACACCUCCGCCGGGAGUGCGGCAAGAACUCAGCCAAUAAGAAGAUGCUCAAGGAUGCCUUCAGCCUGCUGGCCUACUCAGACCCCUGGACCAGCCCCGUAGGAUACCAGCUGGACUCCAUCCAGAGAGAACCUGUCUGCUCCACGCUCAACAGUGCAAUACUAGAGACCCAUAACCUCCCCAAGCAGCCCCCGCUGGCCCAGGCUGUGGGCCAGGCGGCCCAGUGUCUGUCCAUCAUGGCGCGCUCCGGCAGCGGCUCCUGCGCCUUCGCCACCGUGGACCACUACCUGCACUAACCCCGCCCCCAACACACACACACACACACACAUACACAGACAGACAUAGAGACGGACACACAGACAAAAACAGACAGAUGCAGACAGACAGGCAGAUACUGACUGACAGACGCACACACCGUGACUGACUGACAGACGCACACACCCUGACUGACUGACAGACGCACACACCCUGACUGACCGACAGACACACGCACACACACUGACUGACAGACAGACACACGCACUGACCGACAGAGACACACACUGACGGACAGAGAGACACACACACACACUGACAGAGAGACAUGCACACACACACUUACAGACGGAGAGACACACACACACACUGAGACACACACAGACGUACACACAGACAGAGACAGACGCACACCUUAUAAUGGAUUCCCUCUUCUUUGCGAGCCCCCCCCCCUCCCCUCUAGCCAGAGCUGUGACAUCGCUCAGACGCUGCUAGCCGAGAGUAGCUAACAUCAGAACACUUUUUACCCCCAGAUGAAGACUGCAGCGCUAUAAGUGCUCGCCACCCCCCCCCCCCCCCCCCCCCCUCUCUGGUCGAGCUAAGCCCCGCCCCCAGGUGUACGUACGCCUGAGUAGCGAGGCACGCGCAACAUCAACGCACUUCAUCGAGCUAACGGGAGCUAGCCUGCUAACGAUAACAGGCCUGCCAACAGGAGCAGGGUGGCUAACGGGAGCUAGCCUGCUGACGAGGAUUGGUAAGCCUUAGGGGUGCUAGCCUGCUAUCGCUGGCUACCUAGCCUGCUAACAGAUGUGCACCGUAGCUAAGUGGCUGACAGGAGUUGGUCAGCUAGCAGAUGCUAGUCUGCUAACCGGCAGUUGGUCAGCAAAUGUUAGCUAGCCGGCUAACAGAUGCUAGCCUGCUAACGGCAGUGGGUCAGCUAAUGGUAGCUAGCCCGCUAACGGAAGUUGGCUAGCCAGCACACAGGACUGUCGCGGUCCAGACACUCGUCUCAUCAAGGCUUUGCGGACCGAGUGCACGUGAGCCAUGUGCCCGUGAGCCGACGGCUACGACAGAACCACAGACCCUCCGCCUCCCGGGGGGGGGGUGGGGGUGGGGGUGGGGAGGCAGGAAACCUGUGAGAUGCAUGAGGACUCCUGACCUCCAGGGGGCGACCUCACCCCCCCCCCCACCACCACCUUGUUUCGUCUGUUAUAUUUUGGCGGGAGAUGGGGCCAGGGGGGGGCGAUAUGUUACUCCCCCUUUUGUUUUUAGGUUUUUCUCCCCCGGGGUGACAUGGCAUCAGACGGAUGAGUAAUAUUGUUAUUUUUAUUCUAAUUAUCAUUAUCCAGAUUGUUACUUGCAUUCACAGUAUAUUUGUUAAGCGCCCGAGUGUCACAACCGUAAUAAAGUUCCCCCUCCCACUCCGUCUAGCACCGAUGGCUGUGAUGUACAUGUUGACCGUUAAUAUCAUCCACCCGCUAUUAGCUAUGUAUCCAGACCAAUGGACACCUCCUCCACGCUGGUCAUUUCAUGUUAGACCCCAGUAUUAGUGGAACGAGGACACUCGCCCAACGUCCAGAAGAAUCGCUUCGAUUGAUGAUCAUUGAAGGGUGACAUAUUAUACCACCAGGUGUGAGUAAUUAGUUAUUACAAGCCGUUUUGAAAACCUGCCUCUUCUGACAUCACAAGUGGGCGUGUCCACCUAGAUGUGUGCUGGAUAGAUCCGCCUACCCAGUGGAGUGUAGCGAACGUUGCUCAUCUAUCCAUAAUACAUCUAGGUGGACACGCCCACUUGUGAUGUCAGAAAGGGCAGAUCUUCACAACGACUUGUAGCCGUUCACACCCACACCUUGCGGUAUGUCACCUUUUCAAAACGAUUCGAAAGUUAGUGAACGUGUGAGCGAGGGUAAACUUCCUCUUCUAUGGACGUAGCCACACCCCGACCUCCAGACUGAUACCUUUUACCUUUUUAUGAUUUAGAUUUUUGAUAUGUGUUUAUAUUAACCCUUUAUUAACCAAGAACUCAGGAGCCAGCCUCUGCGUUCUCCUCUGAUUGGUCCAGAGCGCCGAGAUCCCAACUGUCAAUAAAGGAAGCGGUUGGCCAUAUGUUUUGAUAUGUAUGAAUUGAACCCGGGUUCCAGCGACCGCUUAGGACCGGUCUGAACAACCCAGUCCCUCCCUCCCGCAUGUCUUUAUUCUUUUUUAGACGGGCCACUCUCCUUCUGUCAUCGUUUCCGCCCUCCUCCUUUUUUCCCUCGCCCCUCCACCCCAUCCCAGUAAGAAACCCGUCUGAAGUCCAGUAUGGUCCGACCCCAGAGCCCACACAGAGCUCCCUGCAUAGCCCGGUCCCGGUACUGGCGGGUCGCGGGCUGAGGCCUCCUCCCGGUGUUGGACCGGCCCAGAGUCGGACGACUCGGCGCUCGUGUUCGUUGGUCUGGAUGGAGAGCAGUCACAGCUUUAGAAGUCUUUCUAGACGUGUUUUGAGUGCGUGUGGACCCUGUGCAUGCCGUAGUGAGCAGCUGGGUGUGGUUCUUUCUGGCGGGGCCGAGGCCCUGCCGUGUGGCCCGUGGCGGUUGCUACAUGAUGUGCAAUGUGUGUGUGAGGGUGAAAACGAUUUCUAUUAAACAUGACAAACGACAGCUUGUCUGGAUGCUGACUGACGCUGGGGGAACGAUUCAGGAGGGGGAAGUCUCGGAGGGAACUUUAACAUAUCCUCAAUGUUUGAUCCCACAACUUAACGAGUGCGCUCUUAAACAAGUCUUUAGUUUGUUUAAUAGCACCAUAGUGAAAGUUAACCUUAUCCAUUAUAUAUUUUUUAAGUACCGUAUUGUAAGAUAUUACAGAAGUACCAACAAUACAUUGACCUUUAUUUUGUACCGUCAGUGAGCAUUUGUUUAAAACAGGUAAAGUUUAAAAUUCUUAGUUUAACAAGUAUUUGAUUUAAUCUUCAACCGUUUAUCAAAACUAGUGAAGUGUAUCGUGCUUCCUCAUCUUGAGUGUGUCAACUAAACUAAUUUCCAAUGACUUUGAAGGUCACCAGUGACCUUUUAAACCCAAUAAAUCCAGUGAAUGUUUAUGGAGAAAUCAAGUUAACAUUCAUGAAUAUCAGACGUUUAGUUUAUUGUACAGGGUUAUAUUCCACUUCAUGUCAAUAUCACACAUUUCAAAACUAUACAGAAGUUAUACAAAAAUCCCCUAGUCAGUACAACAGGGGUGCCUAGUUCUGGCUUGGGGCCUCAAUGCUUCUACACCUUUAGGUUCUUUCCCGUUAAGUACAAUUCAACCCACACUCGUCCCAUCAGACGGCAGCCUUAUGGAUGGAUCAGAUGUUUUUUGGCAGGGUAGGAGAGCACAAGUGUACAACGUGUCGUUUAGGCUUCCACCUUGGGCCGGCUGACCCUUGACCUCUUCAGCUGGAGACUGCCUGCUUCCUGUGGAGCCAGCGCUGCUUCAUCCGCUCCGCCUUGGCCUUGUGUUUGGGUGCUGAGGGACACAUCGCCACGGUAACCAGACAUUCGUUACUGUCACGUCUACGUUCUGGAUGACUGAAUGCUUAAGCUCUGAAUCAUAAUGGGGUGGGUUAUCCUAAUUUACAAAUACAUACAGUUUUCAUACUUAAGUAAACCGACUAGUACACCACUAAAGAUAGUUUAUAGUGGUUUCAAACCAGUGCCAACACGGUGGUGAUUGUGUGCAAUACCAGGCAUUUGCCACAGGUGGUGCUGUUAUACACAUUUAGCCAUUACUGUUUAGUUAACUCACCCCAAUUCUUCCUCACAAACUCCACAGACGGCGCCUUCUUGGGCCCCUUGUUCUUGAGAGACAGGAUCGCCUUAUCUGCAGAACGACAUCAGUUCAGACAUCGGUCGAACAGAGAAGCUAACACAGCUAGCGGCCUAGCUAACAUUGUAGCCGUCUCUGUAGAGGUCGUCCAUGUUGGGGCGUCUCUUGUCAAGAGGCCGGCCGUUGUUGUAGCAACGCUCAAAUUGAGACGGAUAAUUGUCCGAGGACUUCUGCCACAGAGUGUAGCUUGCAUGACUACCAGUCUUUUCCCUUCAGGCCGUAGUACCAACAGUUUGAACUUUAAACUCCCCUCUCCAUCACACGUCUGUGUGGACACACCCACCUCUGAAGUCACUUUAGGGUCGACGUUGAAACGGCAAAACGACACAAAAAAAGAGCAACACCGUAA